AUGGACCUAGAAUGCCCGCAUCAAGCUCCGACUUAUUAUAUUUUAUGUUUACACCUUAUUGCCGCUUUUUCAUUUACAAUCAAUUCUUUGGGAAUUUAUUUGGUGAUUUUUCAUGCUCCGAAUAAUUCGAAGUACAAAUUAUGUCAAUUAUAUAUGCAGGUUUGACCAAAUUUUUUGUUUUAUUGUAUUUAGUGGGAGAAAUUUUAAAAUUGAUUGUCAAAUCAUAUCGUAGUAAUGUUUCUAAAGCUUCCUAAACAUCCAACUAUGUCCAUAUAAUUUUGAUUUCAAUUGCCGUCAAAUCAAACUCUUGAGUAGUUUAUAUGCAGUGGGAUUUUCUUAACAGCUGAAUUUUUAAAAAUUUUUUGAUCUUACUUCAGACUUGCUCAUAACAUUAUGACGUUCAGAUAGUAUCGAUGAUUGUGGAAAAUUACAUGUCGUGGGUAGCCCCCGCAUAUUAUUAUUUUCCAAUGAUUGCUGGAUACAACACGUCUUCCUUUACCUCAAAAUUUAUCUCAACUCAUACAAGUGUUAUAUUUUACUUCUUCGUAUUUUGUUUCGAACUUCCAUCAAUUCUUUCUUGUUUUCAAUUUCGGAAUGAUUCAGCUGCUGAACUUUCACCAGUAAAUAAAAGAUCCUUUGAAACGUUCCAAUUUUAUCUUUUUUCAGAAAAAUCGAAUUCCACGAUCUUUCAGUUAUUUUAUGAAUUUUCUCUCGCAUACUUUUCCAUUUAUUGUAGCAUUUUCUGUUUUCAAAUCAACAAAUACUUAUCAACAACAAUAUAUAAUUGUAUCUCAAAAAUUUCCAAAAUGUCUACAUUUAUUAUACAUGGAUGAAUUUGCUGUUUAUGAUUAUGUUGAUAAUUUAUGGCUAGCUAUUGCUGGAAUCGCUGUUAUUGGAUUUCUCACAAUAUUUUUCGCAUAUAUGAUAUUUCUAGUCGCUCACACAAUCAUUAUUCUAACAAAAAUGCGAAGAUUUAUGUCUCCAGCCACAUUCAAGUUACAUAAAACCGCUUUGAUUUCACUGAUCCUUCAAGUUGUCAUUCCAUUAAGUUUUGUAUGUGUUCCAUUAACUAUAAUUUUCAUAGUGAUAUUGAAAGAGUUAACAAAGUAUCAAGGUAAUCAUUAGGGAAAAUUUCAUUGUCAGGUUAAAUCUUUUGACUUUUUCUAGAACUUGCUACCGAUACAAUGCUUCUCAUAACAGCUCAAUCAAUGAUUUCAACAAUUGUUAUGAUUGCUUGUAAUAGUCGAUAUAAAGCAGUAACAAUUUCAAUUGUUCUUAAAAUUUUCAGGUGACAAAAAAAACCUGGAGGAAAAUUAUGUAAAACUUUUGCAGAAGGAAAAACAAGACUGCAGACCAAACAACUAUUAUUGAGAGAACAAGGACAUCUGUGAAUCCAAUAUGA